GCAGCUCCGACAUGCUCAGUACGAAGCUCACGCGCAGACAUGGCAGAAGAAGCUCCCGCAGCUGCACCGGCGAAAGCCCCGGCCAAGGCUCCCAGGAAGAAGUCCGCUCCCCGGGCUAAGAAGGACGGACCCAGCCUCCCUAAGCUCAUCGUCGCCUCGGUGACAGAGUCGAAGGAGCGCAAGGGCACGUCGCUGGCGGCCAUAAAGAAGUACCUGACCGCCAAAAAUGUGGACGUACCCAAGGCCAACAAACGUAUCAACACCGCCGUCGCCAAGCUGGUGGAGAAAGGCGUUCUCAGUCAGGUGAAGGGUACCGGGGCUUCCGGUUCCUUCAAGCUUGCUAAGAAAGAGCCGAAAGUCGCGAAACCAGCGAAGAAGAAGGCUGCGAAGCCCGCGAAGAAGGCUCCCGCCAAAGCCAAGAAGCCCGCGGUGAAGAAAGUGGCCGCCCCGAAGAAAUCUCCGGCCAAGAAGGCAGCGAAGAAAGUGGUUAAGAAGAGCCCCAAGAAGGCUGCUCCCAAGAAGCCUAAGGCGGCAGCCAAGAAGCCCAAAUCCCCCGCUAAGAAGGCCGCUCCGAAAAAGCCCAAAGCCGCCAAGAAGCCCGCAAAGAAAACCGCUUCAAAGAAGGCCAAGAAGUAAAAGCUUCUCCCGCACCGAGUGCAUCAACGGCUCUUUUCAGAGCCACCACAGCCUCCGCUACGAGCUCCUCAUAGUGUGUGUGUGUGUGUGUGUGUGUGUGUGAGAGAAACUAUGCCGGGAGACACAGGCUGCAGCUUUACGCCUCACCUGUGUCUCCACAUGCAGAGUAAAUUAUGGAGACUAUGCUGGUUCAGGUAGAAAGUACUGGUCUCCCAGUUAGCCCACUGACGGGGAAAAUACAUGUUGAAUUGUCAGAACAUUAGAAACAUUUGAGUUUCAGUCUUAUGUCAAUAAAUACAAUCGGAUAAUCUAGGCAGUGAUUCAAUGAUACUUAGAAACCUGAAUUAUUUCCCAGUCAGUGCUGCAAAUAUUUCCAGUUUAUUCUGGAGCUGAUGACAGGAGAUGAGUGCACUGGAGCUGUGGAUGACUUUGUUUUACUGGUUUAUUACCUACUGUUGUUUAAAUUUGAAUUAGCCCCCCACCCCCAUCUCAAAGACCUGUAGACUUCACAUCUAUAAGUGCUGUGCAGUAACCCUCACUGUACAUAUAUGUAACACUGUAUUUUUAUUCUUCCAGGUUUGUGUUUGUACUUGUAUAUUUUUGAAUACUUGUAUAAAGCGCUGCUGAAGCUGUGCACCCCGCAUGUGCGCAGUAGCAGGCGGCGCCGUCUCGCUGUACAUCUGAAUAACAAUAAAGACAUUGUUCUCUUC